AUUUAUGUUACAAAUACUAAUCUUGUCUUUAAUCAAUUUAGAGAUCCUAAGUAAUCAAAUAUAUCCUAAAACUGAUUAAUUAUUACUAUAAUUAGAAAAUGAUGGAUGGAUCGAUUGUGAAAACAAAAACCUAAUUUAAGCUACAACAUGCUCAGGGGAUGAUAUUUAAUGGUUAGAAUGUUAUUUAGUUCCAGAAAAUGGAUUAUGUUCUAAAUAGAAUAUUGAGAUUAGUAAUGAUGAAAUAGUGAACUUUUUGUUUACUUUUUAUGAGCCAACAUUUGAGACUUAUGAUAUAGAUAUAAAUAAUAAUAAAAAUAGAGGGAAAAUACAAAUUUAAAAUGAUUUAGGUCGUGCAACAAUUUAAAUAUAAUCAUCUAAAUCUAGCAUUAAAAUAAAUUAAAAAGGAGCCUAUUUUACAGGUUUAACAAUAAGUAAAGAAUGCAAUCCUAAUUGUCAAACUUGUGAUAAUGGAUUUUGCACGUAAUGUAAUGAUAAACAUUACCUAUACAAUUAUAUUUGUUAAUCAGAUAGUUGUGAUUUAAGUAUAAUAAAUUAAAAUUUCUUAACAUCAACAACUGGGGCAAUUGAGAAUGGAUAAUAUGUAAUUACUAUCAAAUACAAUUUUAAUAUAGCCUUUUGUUUAGUCCCAAAGAUUUAUUAUACAAAAGGUCUUAAAGAUUCCUCAAUAUUUAUGAUUUUGGAGAGAAAUUAAAUAUAAUAUACCUAAACCUCUUAAAGUCCUGAUUCAUUAAAAAUAUAUUUACCUUUGAAUCAAGUUUAAACUAAGUGUUAAUAAAUCACAACUACUUCUACUUAUAUUUAUUAAUGUUAUAUUGGAGUAGCCUUAACUAGUUCUAAAAUUACAUAAUUUAUGGCAAUUCUUAUUGGACAGAUAUUUGUUGAGAGAGGUACUCAAAGUAUUUCUUAAUAUACUUAAACUAUUCCUAUUCCAGAUAGUUUAGAUGUUGAAGUUGGACCUGUUUUUGUUAUAAGUGAAACAGUUUCAUAAAAUCUUAAUGCUGAUUAAAAUAAGUUAACAAUUGUUCAAACUAUCUCAGAUCCAGAACUAUCUAAUUUUUAAAUUAAUUUUAAGGAAGCAUAUGUAAUUUAAAAUUAAAAUACCUACAAUUUAACAUUAAAUUAUAUUUUGCAAAAAGGAGUUUCUACAACUUUUGAAUUCAUUUGGAAGGAUGGACUAUUUGAUCCUUAUUCAGAAUUUUAAUUUUUUAUUAAUUCUGAAGCAAAACCAGCAAUUGAUGAAACUAGAAGAAGAUAGCUUGAGACUUCAAUUAAAAGAGAAUAAUUAUCUGUUAUUUAUUAGGUUAAAGAUUCAAAAACUUUCAAUAUUAAUAAAUAAUCAAAAAAAACAGAUGGGGUCAGUGAUGAAAUUAUUUUUGCAAUAGCAUUAGGGGGUAUUUUAGGACUAUCUUUUUUCAUAUUUCUUAGCUAGAUUUUGUAUAAAAAGAUUAAAAAUUCUAAAAAUCAAGAAAGCUUUCAUACGAAAGUAGGAUCAUGA